UAAGCCACCCGAACUGUGUGUGGCUGGAAGGAUCGCUCCAUGACCACGUACGCUGGCGGCCCCUCUUCCGGCUUACCUCAGGGGCUGGUAUCGCGGGCCUGUUCUUUCAUCAGAAAGAUCUAUAUGUUGCUAAUAAAGGAACGUUUUGUGUCCAAUAAGGUUUUCGUCAUUACGCAUGAAAACGCCACCUUAAGCGUAUGUCGCCUGUGAAUAUUUAAGGGAAAAAAACAUCCCGGCAACCAACUGCUAGGCGACGGACGCUAAGCACCUCCUCCCCGCGGACGUCAGCACCCGCCUUUUCCCGAAGUCGCAACACGCAGGCGCACUCCCGCUCGCACACCACGCACGGAAGUGCGCCUGCGCCAGGAGACGCCCCGCCCAGCCCCUGGCGGACUAUAAAGUGUCGAGCUUCUGCUCGUGAGAGACUUCUUGCUCAUGCUCGCUGCAGGGGUCGGAGGUCAGGGCGAGCGUCUCGCAGGCCGUAGGAGGAAGAUGGCGGUGGAGUCGCGCGUUACCCAGGAGGAAAUUAAGAAGGAGCCGGAGAAACCGAUCGACCGCGAGAAGACAUGCCCACUGUUGCUACGGGUCUUCACCACCAAUAACGGCCGCCACCACCGAAUGGACGAGUUCUCCCGGGGAAAUGUACCGUCCAGCGAGUUGCAGAUCUACACUUGGAUGGAUGCAACCUUGAAAGAACUGACAAGCUUAGUAAAAGAAGUCUACCCAGAAGCUAGAAAGAAGGGCACUCACUUCAAUUUUGCAAUCGUUUUUACAGAUGUUAAAAGACCUGGCUAUCGAGUUAAGGAGAUUGGCAGCACCAUGUCUGGCAGAAAGGGGACUGAUGAUUCCAUGACCCUGCAGUCGCAGAAGUUCCAGAUAGGAGAUUACUUGGACAUAGCAAUUACCCCUCCAAAUCGGGCACCACCUCCUUCAGGGCGCAUGAGACCAUAUUAAAUUCUAUUUACUAUUUCUUGAAUUUAUUUUUCCAUCAGUUAUGUAAAAUAAACUUACUCUUCUUCCUCCCCUGAUUAUUGCCAUUAAGCCUUUAAAUUCUAAACAAAUUACAAUGCAUCAUCUAUUUAGGAAUUAGAUUUGGAUGUGCUAUUGUAUGAUUACGAAUAGUCUGUAUGUUUCAAGCCCUUCUGUAAAAUAUGAAGAAAAGUGCUCUUAGCAUUCUGUGUAAAAUUGUACUGUUAAAUAUAUGUGUGUAAUCA